AUGCAGGUGACGCUGACCACGACGGUGGAGGAGGUCCUCAAGCAGGUUCAGGAGACGGUGGAACAGCGCAUGCGUACUUCAGUGUGCGCCGCCUACACACAUGACCACCACCACGAGAUCAGCCCGGGCGACAGCGCCCAUUGUUCCCUAGGCAGCCCUACUUCGCUGCUGGACCGCAGCGGUGGCAAGGAUCACCAUAGCGGUUCCGUCGUGGAUGGUACCCACGCAACUGACCCGUCGGUUUCUCGUACUCCUCAUCCGACAGACUGUGUACACGAGGCGGAACUCUGUCUCUGCCUGCAAGACAAGGAUGGUGAGUACCACUGGGUCGGCGGCGCGCACCACUUCCAGAAGGUGGCCGUGCUGCGAGCGCCGUUCGUCACGGAAGUGUGUCUCCGCACGCACGCCGUCUUCGAGGAAGAGCGGCGCCGGCUGCGUCGCGAGGCGCGGCAAGAGCGAACUUCAUCAGCACGGUCGUCGUCGUUGUCAUUGUCGCUGGCCUUGGCAUCACACGCGUCGUCUCUACUUCCUAGCCUAUACCGCAGCGCUGAGGACACUCGAAACGUCAGCGACAGCCGUGAGCGCAGCGAUGAGCGUGCGGACCAGCGUGCUAAGAGCGCACAAGCAAAGCGAGGAGGUGCGUCCGGCAGUGACCCGGCCGCUUCGGCUGCCACAAUGACAGCCAACGAAGACCAUGCGGCUCACAUGCUGACUGGCCAGUCGUUAGCGAGGAAGGCCAGCGGGCUAAGGUUCGCUUUCUUGAAGGGUGUUGUGGUGCCCAUGGCCGUGCUGCGGCAGUGCAACCCUCAAUACGCCAUGGUUGGCAAGCACCACCCACACGGCCGCACCCCUCGACAGUAUGCAGAGAUGCGAGUACCAGCUGAUAUGCAGACGGAGCCACUUGAUGACUCCCUGUGCAGCUCUGAGAAUGCAGCGUCCAGCGGCACGGCACAUGUCAAUGCGAAGGAGUCGGUCCCUCAUGCCUCUGGUCAUGCGGAGACGUUGCCGCCACGAGUGACAGCGGUGCCAACUUCGGAUAGACUUGGCGACACGGCAUUGCGGUCUCCCGCCUCGCCGCACAGCACCAGCACCCCGGCAACUAGAGGCAUCUCAGCUGAGACACCUUGUCUCGCUGCCGCGCUGAUGCCGACAUCUUCCUCGUCGCCGUCCGCGUCCUCGACGUCGACGCCACCAAGCCGCUCCGUGCCGCUUGACCGGUCGUGCGGAGCCGUCGAGGACGCCCAUGGUCCCCGUUCCCACCCUUCGGUUCUCGACACACACCAAGCCCAUCCCUACCACUCGACCGCGGCAGCGGCGGUGCGCACUGCUACAGCGGCAGGGCCAGUCCGCCUGGUGACGCACGCCACGACGGUGGAGAGGGGGAGCGAAGCGAAUGACCCGCGUGCCACAGCGGAUACACGGUGUAUGCGAGGGACCGUCAAAGGGCAGGCGUGCGAGGCUUUAGCCAGCGAGGAAGCCGCAGCCCGCAUCGCCUUGGCAGCAGCGCAGCAGGACUACACCGCCGCGCUAGCCGAGUACAGGGAAGUGGUGGGGUGUUCAUCUGUCAAGUCCACCGCGGUAGGCGAGUGUGAGGUGCAGCCCUUGCAGCCGGCUCCGUGUGCUGAUGCAGAGCUGGUGGCUCUCCUGCAGCGGAGGAUUGAACUGCAGAGGCAGCUAGAUGUGUGCCGGGAGGCGGAGCAACAGUGUGAGCUGCUGACCAUGCUGGCCGAGCGCCUAGAGGAGGAGGUGCGGGAGCAGGAGGAGCGUCGCGUGCUGCGGCCGCCGCUACGCCACGGCAAUGGCAGUGCUGCAGUCGUGACUGGCUACUAA